GUGCGCGGCGCCGGGACGGCGGCUCUACGGCGGCGGCACUUCCGGCGGGCGCGUGCGUCCGCGUGGGCAGCGCCCCGGCGUGGGGCCCAAUCCGGCGCGGUCCCCUCCGCCCCCCCGAGCCCCUCCCCGGGGCCGCCAUGGAGUUCCCGGCCGCGCUGUUCCCGUCCUUCUGCGGCGCCGGCCCCCCCGCGGAGGAGCGGGGCGCCGCUGCGGCGGCCGGCUGGGGCGAGCACGGGCAGGUGCUGGUGGGCGCCUGCCGCGGCCCGCACGCGGCCGAGACGCCGUUCGUGGCCCGGCGCGGCGGAGCGGGCGAGAGCUGGGAGCCGGCCGGCGUCGCUGCUGCGCCCUUCCUGCCCCCCAACGCCGGCUGCUGGGUUCCCUCGCUCAUGCCUCAGGACAUCCUCUACCGUGGGGUCCUGCGCAGGAAGCUCCGCUCGGGCAAGUCUGGAGCUGCCCUCGACUUCACCAAGCAGUUGGGCCACUUCUUUGUGGAUCACUCAGAAGAUGCAUUUGGCUCCCUGGGGCAACUGCUGCACAAGAACUUUUACCUGGGCAACGCCAAGCUGAGGAGGCAGGCCCGAGACACCACCAUCCGGAUGACACCCCUGGUUGAGGAGAUCAACCGGCUGGAGGCCAGGCACGGCUGCCCCCAGCAGCACCUCACCUCCCGUGUCCGCUGGUUCUCCCACCUGUGCCGCGACUGGCUGUUCGAGGUGCCACUGGACCUGCUGGCGGACUGCGUGCAUGACGAGCUGGUGCUGCAGUGGGCCAGCCUGCUCUUCGACGACAGCUCCACGGGGGGGGCGCUGGCCUGGCUGCCCCCCGAAGAUGCGGGCGCACGCACGGGCCGCCUGGUGUACCCCAGAGGGCCAGCCAUGAACCAGCUCUAUUUCCAGGACGUGGUGCUGGGUGAGGUGCCCCGUGCCCGGGGCUCCCCGGCGCAGUUUGAGCUCAACGGACGCAUCCGGCAGGUGGCUGCUGCCCAGGUGGACGGAGAAGGCUUUGUUGGUGUCCGCUCAGACUAUCACUGUGGCGUUUGGAGGGUGCGGGGCAGGACGGGCGCUGCCCCUGCCCCGCUGCAGGUCAUCCGCACCAGCGUGCCGGCCUCCUGCCUCACUGUCAGCCCUCACCUCCCCGGGGAGCUGGCCGUCUGCACCCAGAGUGGAGCUGUCUACCUCUGGAGCGUCGAGACGGGGCUGCAGCAGCUCCGCCAGGACCCCCAGACCAUGUUUUUCCGGGACCAUUCACCCUGGCGCUGGAGCGACUUCACUGCCCACCCGCGGGUGCUGAGCUGUGCUGACCGCACCGGCCUGCAGUGCCUGGACACGCGGGCACCUGGGAGAUGCCACUUCGAUUUCUUCAAGGUGGGUGAGGAAGCUGGGUGCCAGCAGGGCGAGCGUGUGGUGCUGCCCCUGUACCUUGGCAGGGCCCACCCCUCCCAGCACCUUGUUGCCACCCAGUUCGCAGUGUACGUGAUGGACGAGCGCUUGCCGCUGGUGCCCGUGCUGAAGUGGGCGCAUAUGAUGCAGGACCCGCCGCUGUUUGCCCACGUGGUGCCGGGGGGCCCCGGCAGGAGCCAUAAGCUGCUGCUUGGUGCGUCCCACACCCAGGAGCUGCUGCUGCUGCAGUACACGGGGGGCAGCAAGUCGGCCUGCCAGCUUGCCGGGCCUCCGCAGAAGCUGCACAGCAUCUCCGGCUGCCUGCAGCACCUGCCCCAGCAGCUCCCACACCGGCACCAGCUGCUGCAGCAGCGCCUCGGUGCCCCGGCUGCCGGGCUGACAGCGGUGCUGCACGCGCAAGGACAGCGGGAGUCCCUGCUGGUUUUCCAGCUCUCGGAGGCUGGGGAUGUCUUCUACCAAACCCUGAGGCACGAGGCAGCACAGCCCAGCACUGCCGACGGGGAGCACAAGGAUGAGGCAGCCCCCAGCGCUUCCCCCGUGGUGGAGGCUCUGUGCGGGAGCGCUCCCAGCUCUCCACCUGGCUCUAAUGGUGAGGAAGAGGAGGAGGAGACCUUCUUCUUGUCCAACCUGGAGGUGAUUGUCAACGAGGAGGAGGAGGAGGAAGAGGAGGAGGCAGGCACCCCAGCAGCUCCAGAGGAAGCCCAGCGCCCGGAGGAGCCCUGUGCCCGCUGCUGUCCCUCGCCUGCUGUGCCCAGCCCCGCUGUGGCCCUGCGGUACCGCCGCUGGCUGAAGGCGCUUUUCAGGGACCAGCAGGAGCUGCCGCAGCAGGCAGCGGGCCGGGCACCCCCCACCAUCAGCCAAAAGCGCCUCUUCACGAGGCAGGACCUGGGGCCGCCGGCCGGGCCUGGCACCGGCACCCUGCACGCGUGGGCCCGCCAGCAGCUGCGGCGCGCCAUGCGGGAGCGGGGCCGUGUGCGACGUUGGCACCCGGCGCCCGCCCCACCGCCCCCGCCGCAGCCCGUGGAUCCGGCGGCGUGGCCCGAUGCCCUGAGCACCCGGCUCACAGCCGCCUGGGCCGGGGACUGGAGCCACUGGUGGGAGGAGCGGCUGGGCCUGAACAUGGCGCAGAGGCAGCGGGCGCUACGGGAGCGCCGGCGGCGACAGAAGCGGGCACGGGGGCACCGCAGCCUCUCGGCCAGCUUCACCUCCUCCGUCACCUACCAGUCGGAGCUGUCGGAGCUCAGCGACGGGCCGCCAGGCCCAGGCCCCCCACUGUCUCCUGGGCACCCCGACGCGCUGCCCCAGGUGCUGGCGGAGGUCUGGGGGGGCUCCCCUCACCACCCCCCACCCUCAGCCGAGCCCCUGCUCUCCUCGCAGACGCUGCGCUCCCGGGGCAUCCCCAAGGAGCGCCGCAAGACCCUGCGUGACUACCUGGCCGUGUGCGCAGACGGUGCCCCUGAGACGCCCCCCGAGCCCCCUGGCAGCCAACCCUGCAGCCAGGGGGGGCAGCUCUGCAUCCCCUCCUCGCAAAGCCAGCUCUCGGGCUCACAGCCCCGCCGCAAGCGCCCCCGCAUGGGCUUCUGAGCCCCUCCAAUAAAGCGGUCGUGGGGCAGCGUG